GGCACCGAGGUAGCCUUGGCACAAUUACAAACAUCCCGUGGGGAGCGAUGCAUCGUUUUGUUCCCCCUGCCUGGCCGCCCUGAUGUGAUUGGUAACCUUCCUGGUGGAUAUGGAGAACAGAACAGGCAACCAUGGGAGCGGGAAACCCUCGCUUACUGUGGAAGAUGCGACGCGAGCAUCAUGUUCUGUCUGAACACACAAGACUGUAACUACACAGUAGUGCGCGAUAGUCGGCUUCAAAGUCGAGGCAUACUAUGUCCGAUAUGGAAUCCCCCUUUGCGUAUACCCCGUUGGACCAGCCAACCGAGCAGAUCCGGCUCCUCACCAUCCACCCCGGCUUACCAGAAUCCCCUCUCCAUUGCACAAUCACCGUGGUGUCGCUGAAGCGCAAACCGCCGUACGUGGCCAUCUCGUACACAUGGGGUCCUCCCACCCCAACCGCCACCAUCACCAUCGAUCAGAAACCGAUGACCGUCCGCCAGGGAUGCCACGAUGCGCUCCGCACCAUGCGCUCUCACCAUAGCAACGUACCCGUGUGGAUCGACGCCAUCUGUAUCAACCAAGGCGACAUGCACGAGAAGAGCUCCCAGGUCGGCAUGAUGGGGACCAUCUACCACGGCGCCAAAUCCGUCGCGGCCUGCUUGGAGUGCGGCGACAGUCUCGCCACAAUGCGGAACCUGUACCCCCUAAUCCCGAGGACGGUUGAUGCCAGCCAAGCGCAGGACGAAGUCUUUGAGCGCUGGCAGGCUGCCGUCCACGCCAUAUUGGCCAACCCGUACUUCACCCGUAUGUGGAUCGUACAAGAGAUCGGGCUCGCGCGGGAGUUGCGCCUGUACAGUGGCGAGGACGUUCUGGACUGGUCGGAGCUCGAGAGGCAGGCGUAUGACUGGCGGGGCAAGAUGAAGUCGCUCAAGCGCUACCCUCCUGGUCCGGAUCUCGAGCGCGCGCUGAAGGAACUGUCCGACACUCGGACAGGGAUGGGAACGCACAAGUGGUAUGCCCGCCAGAAGCAGAACCAGACGGUCACGCUCACGGGGCUGAUGUCUCAGCACCUGACACGGGCAUGCGAGAACCCGAGAGAUAGAAUGUACGCCAUGUUGCCGAUGCUGGGGCACGCGGGUGGCUUCGACUCGCAUCAUAUGCAACCAGCCUAUGAUGAGUCGGAGUUUCACCUGCUUUGGACAUAUGUGUGCAGGAUCCGGUUUCCCGGCCAGCCCGAGCUGCGAAAGAAUUCGAUAUCCACGGGCUUCGAGCUGUGGACAGGCCUCAAGACGUUCGAAAAGCUAGUUGAGUGCUUCAAGAUCCCGGCCGUCACGAUCAGGGGCUUUUUCGAGGUUCGUAUGGCGGACCAAUAUAUCAUGAGGAGUGCGAGCAUCCCCGCUCCAUCGACCGCCAUCGAGACGCACUUUCUAGGCUACGCCAUGCGUAUUAGCUGCCCCGAUAGCAGUGCGUAUGCCGGCCUGGUUGGGGACAACGCCGCCCUCUCGAGCCUACCCCAACCAAGCCGCCACUUUCUGGCGGUCUGGCCGGGUCUUCCAACCGCUGCUUUUACCCUCGGGCCCCGGUGCAUGUGCAUAUCCGAAAGCCCAGAGGAAUUCAAAAUUGACGGUUAUUACCCGUUUCCAGCUGAAAUCGAGGCCCUCCAGCGCCUUCCAGAGCGGUGUGAUUGCAGUUCUUCCUCUUGUCCCGCAAAGCGCUCCAAGCGUGAAAUCUACGUGCAUCCGCAGGACCUCCUCGCGAUGGCCUUCCACAUCCAAAGGUCUCCAAGCGAUCCCAUACCCUGCUUCACGACCGGACACACCCGGUCCUUCAUCCGGAUGUCGGAACCGAGGGAGCAGCAACAAAAGCCAGGAGUCGUAGCUCCCUGGGCGGUGUCGGGUAUGCUGCCAGCGGGUCUGAGGAGCGCCCUGGGUUGGUGAGACCGUCCCGAGUCAACCCACCCCGACCCACCCCGAGCAUACCGCAUGGUCAUGACAUAGGUAACCUCUCCCGCCUACUACCACCUCC